GUGGUGGAAGCAUCUCUAGAAAGACCCAUCAGCCCUUCAUGUUCCCAGUUCUCAUGGACUCUUAUCUUUAGUCAAGCUGGCAUUAAUCUAAAGAGAUUCUUCUCAUAAUUAUUUUAUCCCUGACAGAUCCUGAAGAAGAAACCAUCAAGCGAGGCAUAGGAGAAAGAGAACCAAGCUUCAUCGACAACCAUGAGUGCUAUGAAGUUUUGCCGUGAAUGCAACAAUAUUUUAUAUCCAAAGGAAGAUAGGGAGCAGAAGAGACUCCUCUAUGCUUGUAGAAAUUGCGAUCAUCAGGAGCCUGCAGAGAACUACUGUGUGUACAGAAAUGUGAUCGAUCAUGAUGUUAGCGAGUUCACACAAGUUCUACAGGAUGUAACUGCUGAUCCAACUCUUCCGAGAACCAAAAGUGUUAAAUGCCAUGUUUGUGGUCAUCCAGAAGCUGUUUUCUUCCAGGCUGCUGCAAGGGGUGAAGAGGGAAUGACACUAUUCUUUGUCUGCUGCAAUCCAAACUGUGGUCAUCGUUGGAGAGAUUGAUAAAUUUUUAUAGUAUACUUAUUGCAUAAUGGCAUUCUGAGGUUGAGAAUAAGAGAAUUAUGUGUUUGUUGUUAAGUAAGAGUGCUAUUUUGUUUUCAUGACUCUUUUUUUUU